UUUCAGUGACUCCAUCGUCUUCCAAUCACUAGUUGGUUUAGUUGUGAUUUUUCUGAAGAUGUUAGGAGUUUAGAAAAAAAGGAAGUGCAGGCAUAUUUCACAAAUCAACAGUCUGUUAAGUAUCACAUCCUGUACAGCCACAAACACUGAGCUAAGGAGGAGCUCAUGACUUUCAGAAGAUGAAAACAAGUAGCAAAUUCUGACGGGACUGUAUGAGAACCUAGAAUUAAAAUCUCCUGGGAGUUUCUGAGCGCUCAGCUGGAACCAACAGGCAGCUCCAUCCAAGGCCACAGCAUUGGCAACACCACCAUGAUCUCACAACCCAUGGCCAAUGAGAACUUUGUCAUUCUCACACCCAGUGGCCUCAAGAUCCUUCAAACAGAGAAACCCAAGGCCACCAGCCACAGUCAAGACAAUGUGGCGAAACACCGAAAGGCAGACUUCAAGGUUCUGGGGACUAUCCAGAUCCUGUGUGGGGCGAUGGUAUUGUGUUUGGGAAUCACUUUGAGAUCUGCUUCCUUCUCUCCAUAUUUUACCAAAGUGUUUUCCUCCCUGUUGACGGCAGCCUACCCGUCCAUUGGAGGCCUGUGUUUCAUCGUCGCCGGAUCUUUAUCAGUCAUCACAGAGAAAAAAUCAUCGAAAAUCUUGGUGUGGUGCUGUGUGGGUGCAAACAUUCUGAGCUCACUCUCGGCGCUCGUGGGUUUGAGUCUUCUCUCUGUCAACCUGUCUGACUUGAGCCAUCCCUUGAGGGGGUGUGAAUUGGCCACAGACGAUAGAGCACACGAAGAUCAUCAUUUGUAUUACGAGUCCAGCGUGUUUGACAACACAGACUGCUCGAUGGGCCAAACCUUGCUGACUGGGGUUCUGUCGAUGACCCUGAUUUGCACUGUGCUGGAGUUAUUCCUGGCUGUGCUCACUGCUGUGAUUUGGUGGAAACAGCAUCGCUCCAAUUUCCCUGGGAGUGUCAUUUUCCUGCCUAACAGUUACCAGACUUUAUCCGUUACAUCUCAAAAAGGAGCAAGGGACAGCACAUAUGAGGAACUCUUGACUUAAGAAAAAAAGGAAAAAUAUUCAUCAGAAAUUUGGUCUUAUAUGAAAAACAACCAGAGAAACCCAACCCGAGAAAGUUUGAGUUCACUUAAAUGUAGGCUUUUAUGUAAUGAACAUUAAAAUUUUA